CCGUUCUCAUAAAAAACGGUUGGCUUUUUUAUAAGGAGAAGAAAAUUGAGGUUUAACGAAAAAAAAAAACAGUUAGUGUUUGUGUUAAUAACGGCAAUUUAGUGUGAUUAGUACAUUUUAAUGUGCCUAUAGUUGGGAAUAAAGUGUUUUUAUUUUUGGAUUGAUGACAGUAUUGUUUUUGAGCUAAUUGACGACGAUUAAAAGAGUGAAAAUGAAUCUGCUCACAGGUCAAUAUGGCCUGAGCAAUUUUUUCCAUAAAAACUAUUCGCUUUUAUUUGUGGGUAUUUUACUUAUGCUCGGUGUUGUUGAGUGUAAAAAUGCCACAAAGGAAUGCAAUAAAGAACCGUGUAAAUGUGAAGGAAUUAAAGGCGCUUUAGGAUCACAAGGACCAUCGGGCGUACCUGGUCUAGAAGGAGAACCCGGAGAUAUUGGAUAUGAUGGACCGCCUGGCCGACCCGGAGAAGUUGGAGAUAAUGGUGAAUAUGGCUCACAAGGGGAAAAAGGAUUUAGAGGGGAGCAAGGUGAGCCCGGACAUCGUGGAAUUAACGGAAUGCCUGGUUUACCUGGAGAAGAGGGACCACGCGGUCCAUUUGGUCUCGAUGGAUGCAACGGAACAGAUGGAACUGUUGGAAUUCCGGGAAAUCCCGGUUAUCCAGGACAGCGUGGUGCACCUGGUGAGCCGGGUAGAACUGGUCCAAGAGGCGAUCCGGGAGAGGGUGGUAUCAAUUCAAAAGGCACAAAAGGAUUAAGAGGGGAGCCUGGAAAGCCCGGUUUACCGGGAUAUAAAGGAUUUACUGGAAUGCCUGGACUUAGAGGAUACGAUGGCAGAGUUGGUCCGAUGGGUUACAAAGGAGAGCAAGGAGACUCUGGACCCCCCGGUGAUGAUGCAAAUUCGCAACCGCCACUUCGAAGCAGAGGUGCUAAAGGACCAAAAGGGCCACCGGGUGAUGUCGGCGAAAGUGGUGCAUUUGAGUUACCUGUAGUGGAUGUAACUGUACGUUCAGGCGCAAAGGGUGAAAAAGGUUUCAAAGGACCAAUGGGCGAUAAAGGUCCACGCGGUAAUUACGGUUAUGCCGGAGCGAAAGGUGAACGCGGUUUUAAAGGAUAUAAAGGUGAAGAAGGUUCCGUUGGUGAUCGAGGAAAAGUUGGACGAGAUGGUGAAGCAGGCGCUCCUGGUGAAAAAGGAGCAAAAGGUGCUCCAGGAUAUGCUGGAAGAGACGGUGCCGACGGUUUGAAAGGUGAAAUCGGGGAAGAUGGUUAUAAUGGUGUGCCAGGUUUACAAGGUCCACCCGGUUUGCCUGGUAUUUACGAUCCAAGCUUAGAUGAAAAGUCGGACGGUCCAAUUGGACCUCAAGGUGACGUCGGAGAAGAUGGAAUCAGAGGCACGGUUGGCGCUACAGGCGAACGUGGACGGCCAGGUCAAAGCGGUGUGCCGGGCCCUCCAGGAGAUCCAGGCAUUGACGGUUUACCAGGUCGCAAAGGUUUAACUAUUCCCGGACAGCCAGGAGAUCAAGGAGAACCGGGGCCAAUGGGACCAAUGGGUCCAGUUGGCAUUCCAGGUGCUGUUGGUAGACCAGGAUUGCAAGGAUUCCCUGGCGCAAAUGUACAAGGACAAAAAGGUAUAUCGGGUGCGGAUGGACGGCCAGGUGUGAUUGGAUUCGUUGGAGAACGAGGAGAACCGGGGCUGCCUGGAGAUAAAGGUCUACCCGGAAUUGGAUUUAAUAUAACUGGUCCACCUGGUUUUGAUGGUAUGCCGGGCCGUAGAGGAAUGCCUGGUGUGCCCGGAUUUGAUGGCUAUCAUGGUUUGAAAGGAGACAAAGGUUUACGUGGUGACGAUUGCGGUUUUUGUCCACCUGGAUAUCCUGGCGAGAAAGGAGAAAUUGGAGAAACAGGUCGACCAGGUUUUAGUGGAUCAGCUGGUAUUAGAGGAAGAACAGGUGCUCGUGGUUUGAAAGGACUUCAAGGCAAACUUGGACAACAAGGACCACCCGGAAUAAGAGGUCCACCUGGAGCCAAUGGUGAACCAGGAAGAGAAGGACCAAAGGGAAAAAGAGGUUUGAUCAUCGAAAGUGACACUCAAAAAGGAGUGGCAGAGGUUGGAGAUAUUGGAGAUGUUGGAUAUCCAGGUUUACAAGGACCUGAUGGUGAUACUGGAGCACCUGGUCUACCGGGAUUCCCUGGAUUGGAAGGAGCCAAAGGUGAAACUGGUCUCGAUGGUAUUCCAGGAACUCCUGGACGUGAUGGUAUAAACGGCAGAGAUGGAUUGGAUGGAGCUCCAGGCGCUCCCGACAAUACACCGAAAGAAUUUUUACGUGGAUCACCAGGUCUAAAAGGAUUUAAGGGUCCAAAGGGCGAGCCCGGCGAAGAUGGAAAAAGAGGAGAAACUGGUGAUUUACCCGAUCCAAUAUGGGAUGGUUCAAAAGGAGACAGAGGCGAACCCGGUGAACCCGGUGAUCAAGGCUUGCAAGGAUUCCGUGGCUUGAAAGGAUACAGAGGCCCUCCCGGUGUUCCAGGUUUCAAAGGUGACAAUGGAUAUCCCGGAGAAAUAAUUGAAGGUCCUGAAGGAAACAAGGGAUACAGAGGUUUGCCCGGUAAUCAUGGUCCAAUCGGUGUUUCGGGCCUACCCGGAAUUGAUGGUGAGGCUGGACAGGAUGGACUUCGAGGCAUAAAAGGAUCACGUGGUGAAUCGGGCAGUGGUCUUUUGAUGGGCGAAUGGGGUGAACAAGGUGACGCCGGUGAAGAUGGAGAAAUCGGAGAUAAAGGUUUCCAAGGAUUAACAGGAUUAAGAGGCGCUCCUGGACCUAGAGGUGUUAAGGGUGAGAUGGGAGACAUUGGACCACAAGGAAUUCAAGGAUUAGAAGGAAUUAAAGGACAAAGAGGUGACAUUAUUUAUGGAGAUAUGGGUCCACCUGGAGCACCAGGACGUGAUGGAGCAUCAGCACCUUAUGGAGAUAAAGGUCACAAAGGAGAUAUUGGUUGGCCAGGAAUGCCAGGAUUGCCUGGACCAAGAGGUGACGAUGGAGAAGCAGGUCGACCAGGCGAUGAAGGAGAUGUCGGAGAGCCUGGAGAUUUUGGACCACCAGGAAUGUUUGGUAUUCGUGGUGUUGAUGGCGAAUUAGGUGACCAAGGGGAUAUUGGAUAUGUCGGUAAACCAGGUUACACCGGCAGAAGAGGUAUUUCUGGAUUACAAGGACCCAAAGGCGAGACCGGAGAUCAAGGGCCACAAGGAAAAAAUGGUCGCAAUGGUUUAGAUGGUCGGAAAGGUGAAAGAGGAGACUAUGGUUAUUUCGGAGCGGUUGGUGAAAAGGGAGAACCAUCCUUUAGUGGUGUGAAAGGAGAGAUGGGUAAUCCCGGUUUGACGGGUCCACAUGGUUAUAACGGCAGACCAGGCUUGAGAGGGCCAAAAGGGGAAGAGGGAGACGCUGGAUUGGUGUACCAAGGAUCUGAAGGGCCAAAAGGUGAAGCCGGUAUUCCCGGUCGAUUUGGAUACGAUGGAUUCCCAGGCAUCAAAGGAGAACGCGGUGAUUCCGGGGAAUUCGGUGAAUUUGGCGAAUCCGGAGAUGAAGGCAUGAUGGGCUUACCGGGCUACAGAGGAAGAAACGGGUUGAAAGGUUUGCCAGGCUUACUUGGAUUGAGAGGCGAAUCUGGUGCAAAUGGACCGCAAGGCGAUGUAGGUGACGAUGGUAUUCCUGGACAAAAAGGUUUCAAAGGCGAUUUUGGUGAUGUUGGUUUUCAAGGAGAAGAGGGAGAAAAGGGGGAACAAGGUGAUGUGGGAUUGCCAGGCCCUGCUGGAGCUGUUCCAAUUGUAUACGUUGCUCCAGGUCAAAAGGGUGAAAGAGGAGACUACGGAAAUUCGGGCGCACCGGGACGAAAGGGUGCAGAAGGUGCGUUAGGAUCUCCGGGUAGACACGGAAGAAAAGGAGAGUACGGACUUCAAGGAGAGGCUGGACUUGAUGGCUCACCAGGUUUGCCCGGUGCAAGUGGUGACAAAGGUGUGAAGGGUUUCCGAGGCCCAGCUAGUCAAUUUGCUGAAAGAGGCGAACCUGGAUUACCAGGUCUUGAUGGUUUGCCUGGUCGUGAAGGAAUGCUCGGACCUAAAGGAGCUCCAGGCGAUUACGGAGAUGAUGGUGAAGCAGGUCUCGUCGGAUUUCCGGGCUUGAGUACACCUGGUGUGAAAGGGGACAUGGGAGACGUUGGCUAUCAAGGUGCUCCAGGCUUAAAUGGUUUGCCAGGAUUAAAAGGACUUCCAGGACCUCAAGGAGAGACUGGUUUCAAAGGAGAGCAAGGUCCACAAGGUCAAAUGGUACGUGGCUCCAAAGGUGAAAUCGGUGAAACAGGAUAUGAAGGAUUCGCCGGUCUCGAUGGAUUAAAAGGCUUACAAGGCGAGAUGGGAUAUCCUGGAUUUAAAGGACCAAGAGGACCACGCGGUUUAAUCGGCGAACAAGGUGAUGUUGGAUGGCAUGGUAUUGAUGGAGUUGAUGGAGCCAAGGGUGUGAAAGGUGAACGCGGUUACACAUAUCCAUAUGAAUUGGCGCCAAGAGGAGAGCCCGGCAUCGAUGGAUUACCCGGACUGAAGGGACCAUUGGGAGACGAUGGUUUUCCAGGCAUUCCCGGAGUUCAAGGCGUUCGUGGAUUACGUGGCUUCGGAGGCGAAGUUGGACUACCAGGUCUUGAAGGUCCAGACGGAAUUAAAGGUGCUGCGGGAGAUCGUGGACCACCUGGUUUGAAUGGAUUAGACGGUUAUCCGGGUACAAAGGGAGAACGUGGUGACGAUGCACAAGUACCACCACAAGCAAAAUCACGCGGAUAUGUAUUCGCACGGCAUUCGCAAAAAACUGAAAUUCCACAAUGUCCACCAAAUUCAAAUAAAUUAUGGGAAGGUUAUUCGUUGGCCAGUGUAAUUGGAUCAAGUCGGGCGGUUGGUCAAGAUCUUGGCUUGGCCGGAUCGUGCAUGUUACGAUUCUCAACAAUGCCAUACAUGUUCUGUGACGUCAAUAAUAUUUGCAGUUAUGCCGAAAAUAACGAUGACUCUCUAUGGCUGUCAACCGAAGAACCAAUGUUACCAAUGAUGAAUCCAAUUCCAGCAACUGACGUUCAAAAUUACAUUUCCAGAUGCGCUGUAUGCGAAACAAGAACACGUAUCAUUGCCAUUCACAGUCAAUCAAUGAAAUUGCCAGAUUGUCCAACUGGUUGGGAAGAAUUAUGGACUGGAUACUCAUAUUUAAUGUCAACAACUGACAACAGCGGUGGAUUUGGUCAAAAUCUCAUCUCGCCUGGUUCUUGUUUGGAAGAAUUCCGACCACAACCAGUGAUUGAAUGUCAUGGACAUGGUAAAUGCAACUAUUAUGAUCAACUGGCAUCAUUCUGGUUGGCUGUCAUCGAAGAUGGUCAACAAUUCAGACGACCAGCACAACAAACACUGAAAGCCGAUCACACAAAAAUGAUCAGCAGAUGUACGGUUUGUCGUAAAAUUGAACGAAGCAAAAAUCCGGUACCACAUGAACCAAUCACUCAUCAGCCACCACAAGAGCAAAGAGCUAAACCGGUAAAAACUGUUCCUUACCCCCGUCCCGAUCAAAGUCGUUACUAUGCUCCGGCCAAUCAACGUGUACGUCAACCCUACCAACAACAACAACCCUACCAACCACAACAAUCCUACCAACAACAACAACAACAGCCACGACGACGCAUUUAUCCAAAUAUUUACAACAGACAGUCCGGUUAAAAAAAUGGCGACAUUGAUAAGGAAUUUAAUAUAGUUUAAAUGUUUGUGUUCCUUACAAACGAUGUUUAUAAAAAAAUAAGAAAAAAACAACACUUUGAACAAAUGCCAUUCAAAACGAAAUAAAGAAUUCUUACAUGUAUGGAUAUUUUUAUAUUGUAACUGAC